UCCAAGCAGCUGACGCGAGAGCGCCGCCAGUAUCGAUAAGCAAGGUGCGGCAAGUGCGAAUAACCGCGUAAUUAAUCGGAUUCGAUAUUAAAAUCCGCUUUCGAUCGUAAAAUAGCGAAAUAGUCAACUGAUUCAUUAGAAUCUCAUUUCGAACGUGAUGUCUGCAUCCACAAAGAUUUCCGACGAGGAAGUCUAUUCGCUACCGAUGCCGGAACGGAAAUCGUCCUCCGAUAUGAUAGCUAAGUACGUGCCAGUGCUCGGCUGGCUACCGCGAUACACCCGAACGGAGGCUGUGGCGGAUUUUAUAGCGGGCAUCACUCUGGGCUUGACUAUGAUUCCCCAGAGUAUAGCAUACGCGGCACUAGCUGGUCUGACUGCACAGUAUGGCUUAUAUUCUUGUUUCGUGGGCGGUUUCUUAUACAUCUUCUUCGGGACUAUCAAAGAGGUCUCGAUUGGUCCAUCGUCCUUGAUGGCUCUUGUGACACUGCAAUAUACACGUGACAUGCCGCCGGAUUUUGUAACACUCCUGUGUUUUUUGGUCGGAUGCGUGGAGUUUUUGAUGGGCGUGUUAAAUUUAGGAUGCAUGGUAGAUUUUAUUUCGAUUCCGGUGACAUCAGGUUUUAUUUCGGCAACGUCAGUCAUUAUAAUUAUUGCUCAGCUGCAGGGGCUUCUUGGAUUGAAAUAUAAAUCAGCUAAUAUUUUAGAUAAUUUGUACAAAUUGUUUAAAAAUAUGAAUAAGGUCCGACUAGCCGACGUCACACUCGGAAUCUGCAGCAUCAUAUUUCUUCUGAUUUUCAGAAAACUGAAAGACAUCGAUUGUUUUUGUAUGAGAGAUAAAAAAAACUCUGUUAGAAAUACAACGAUAAAGAAGAUACUUUGGUAUUUGUCCAUUGGUCGAAAUGCUCUCAUAGUAUUUAUAACAGGCGUAAUAGCUUAUCAAUUUGAAGCAACAGGAUCCAUUCCAUUUAGGGUUUCAGGGCAAAUAAAAUUCGGUCUUCCCACAGUAUCGUUACCGCCUUUCUCAGUACAAGUGGGAAAUCAAACUUACACGUUCCUGGACAUGUGCGUUCAUUACGGCUCAGGAAUAGUGAUACUUCCUCUCAUAGCGAUCCUGGCGAAUGUGGCGAUAGCCAAAGCGUUUGCGAUCGACGCAGCCGUUAAUGCGACGCAGGAGAUGCUAACACUCGGUCUCUGUAAUAUAUUCGGCAGCUUUGUAUCAUCGAUGCCCACCACCGGUGCAUUCACACGAAGCGCAGUCGGUAGCGCCAGUGGCAUACAAACUCCUAUGGCCGGUUUAUAUUCCGGAACCAUGACAUUGUUGGCGCUGAGCUUUUUAACGCCGUACUUUAAUUACAUUCCACGCGCGACGCUAUCAGCGGUGCUGAUAACCGCCGUAAUGUUCAUGAUUGACAUGAAGAUUUUUAAACUGCUUUGGAAGGGAUAUAAAACGGAUGCCAUCGCAGCGAUAGGUACCUUCUUGAUCUCUGUUCUUAUCAGCAUCGAGAUUGGGCUGCUUCUGGGUGUCUUUUUCAAUCUAAUCUUCUUCAUUAAACCGACCGCGAGACCGACGGUUCAAGUCUUCAAGUGUAAGACUCAUUUAGGAAAUAGAUAUAUAAUGUUAAAGCCCGAUAUAUGUCUCUAUUAUCCCGCAGUAACUUUUUUCUGCGAUAAAGUAAUGAGUAUAGCCAGAAACGAACAAGAUGAUGUCCCAUUGAUCGUAGAUUGCGAAAGAUUCACUAAUCUUGAUUACACUUCAAUCAAGGGUAUCGAAAUGCUAUCGAAAAGAUUGAAUCUGGAAAGAAAUCGAUUUUGGUUGUUGCGUCUUAAUUCCGAUGUCGUGGAAAGUUUCGACAUUCUCGCUGAUAAUAAAUAUAUUCGUCUGAUCAAAAAUGAAGAAAACAUCGCAGAUAUUCUUCAUGACGAUGUAUUAUCUAAUAAAGAACUUGACGAUGCAAUUAAUAUUGUUACAAAAAAAGCAACGGAAAUGAAAAGAUUGGAUCAUGGAGAUUUUUCAUAUUCAUCGACUUUGCGACACAAGGAUUCCGAAUUAAAUGCUGAAGAAUUGGUUUUAAUGUCAUCUUCACCCGAGUCACAAAUACAACAAUAACUGUGAUUCUAUCUUAAUUCAAUUCAAUUUAUAUUUAUAAAUAUUAUGUAUGAUUAUAAUCCAGACAAUCAAAUUAAGAACAAAUUUUACAAAAUGUCUGCCAGAAUCUAAUUAAAAACGUAAUAUACUGAGAAA